CUGCGCAGCACCGCGAGAUGUUACGACACACGUACUGUAGACUUGACGGGAAGUGGGUGGUCCCGUCUAGUAAUCGCUGGCGCAGUCUAGAGCCUGGACAUUAAAACGGACAUUUAAUGACCAAGCUUCGAUGAUUGCGUUUAAGCCUUUAUGUAAACACGAUAAUGAUAUAGACAAACGUAUAUAGAAACAACAGCGGAGUCCACUCGGUUCUCUAAGGUUCCUGCGUCCGCAGCGUCGUGAUGGUUCGUGCGGAGAUGCUGCUGCUGCCGCUGCUGCUCGCCUGCCUCUCCCCGGCGCUGCCUGCGCACUAUGAGAAUCAUUUGGUGACGGCCCCACAGUCUCCAGUGCUUCAGAUUGGGUCUACAUUCACCGCCACGUGCACGAUCAUCAACACAGCAGAAGUUACAUCAGAUGACCUCUACUGGAACGUGUCUAAGACUAUUGUGCCCAAAGAACAGUACACCAGGAUUAACGGAUCAGCCCUUAAUGUCACUAUCACCGUCAAAAGCGAGAGCGCUGAAUGGCUGUUUUGCUUGUGCAAGAAGAAGUCACCGUAUGUUACCCUGAACAAAGGCAAAUUUGUUCAUGGGAUCCAUCUUAAGAAAGGCUAUCUCCCAGGGAAGCCUGAGAAUCUAUCAUGUAUAGCAGUUCAGGACCAAGAAUACAUAUCUUCAACCAUGAGGUGUGAAUGGAAACCAGUAGGUCCUCAAACCCCUGAUGUCCCCACAACAUACAGGGUUUUUGUUCUUAUGGCAGGUUCAGAGUUUAAUGUAUCGACUCGUGAAAACCACGCUGAAAUCCAGUUGAACACGUUCCCCUAUCUUAUGAACCUGGACAUUUGGGUGGAGGCUCACAACGAACUGGGAACAGUGAAGUCUGACCAUCUGCAGAAUUAUGCUGAGUGGUAUGUGAAAACAAAUCCUCCAUCUCCUGUUGAGGCCAUAGCAGAGAAGGAUUUCCCUCGCUCCCUUCUCAUACGCUGGCAUUCACCUAUUCAUAAACAACAUGUGUCAUUAAAAUAUCAGAUCCGGUUCUGUCCAGGUGGCUCUCAUCACUGGACAUAUGUGCCUCUUGAAGACAUCGCCCAUGACAUCACAUCCUUCAGACUCCAGAACCUUCAGCCAGACACUUUUAAUGUGAUUCAGAUGCGCUGCAAAAGUUCUAAAGUUCAUGCAGAGUCGCAGGGUUACUGGAGUGACUGGAGUGCCAACACUACUACGAGGACCCCAGAGGACCGACCAACAAGUAAACCAGACGUAUGGGCUGUGGUUGAUCAGAGCGACAGCCAUUAUCGGCGGGUGUGGCUUGUUUCAAAGGAUCCUGUUUCUGCCAACGGGAAGAUAAUAAAAUAUACAUACAACAUUACAAUUCACGGCUAUCCAUCCAAGAAUGAAAGCUCAGAGAGCAUCGCAGUGAACAGCUCCGAGACAGACGGCAGCUCUAACCAAAGGAAGAUCGCUGCCCGUACAGGGGUUCGUCUGGGCUACGACCAGUCUGUUAGAGUGGACGUCACCGCCAGUAACUCUGUGGGGACGUCUCCUGCUGCUUCUUUAACUGUCCCUCCAAGGGGAAGUGUGCGAGACCCAGUGAGGGAGCUCAUAGUGAUGCCCCAAAGGAACACGCUGUGGCUGCAGUGGAAACCCCCCCCCGGGGAAGGGGUGUCGGAGUAUGUUGUGGUGUGGGUGGCUGGUGAACAGAUGGACUGGCAGAGGGAGAACAGAAGCACCACACACACUCUCAUCAAAGGCAACCUGGAGAAGUUUGUGUGCUACAACGUGUCCGUGUAUCCAAUAUACUACAGGAAGUAUAGUAUUGGGAAGCCAGCCAUGGUGGAAGCCUUUGUGGAGCAAGGAGCUCCACUGGAAGGCCCUGCUGUUAGACUGAUGGGGAAACCAACCCCUAACAAGGUGGUCCUCGAGUGGAAUCAAAUCCCCCUGAACCACAGACGAGGCUUCAUAACAAACUACACCAUAUUUUAUAGCAGUCGGGCAGAAACGCACAACAUAACAGUGCCAGCUGACGUCUACUCCUACACGCUGAUGUCCCUGAGCAGCAAUACGAAAUACGACGUUUGGGUCAGGGCCUCGACUGUUCAAGGCUCAACCAGUGGUACUUAUCACUCGUUUACCACCCCAACAUUCGCUCAAGGAACCAUUGAGCUCAUCGUUGUAGGAGUGAGCCUUGGAUUUCUGUUCGUCGUCGUGAUGACCACGCUGCUCUGCGUGUACAAAAAAGAUGCGAUAAAGAAGAACUUUUGGCCUCAGAUUCCAAACCCUGGAGACAGCACCAUUGGAAACUGGUCUCCUGAUUAUCCCCUGAAGGCGGAGACAUCAAAGGAGAAGUGUCUGUCUGGCAUUAGUGUGCUCGAUGUGGACGUCUGUGACAGAGGGAGUGUGUAUGAGGAGGACAAGGCCAGCCUCGCUCUGAGGAAGGACAAGUACCUGUCCGAGGAGCACAGCAGCGGGAUCGGCGGCUCCUCCUGCAUGUCCUCCCCUCGCCAGAGCGUGUCCGACAACGACGACAGCGGCGACAUGGGCGACACCACUGCCAGCACCGUGCAGUACUCCUCUGUGGUGGCCUCUGGCGGCUACAAGGGCCAGACGCCAGGCUCCCAGCCUCAGCAGGCCGUUUUCACACGGUCCGAGUCCACACAGCCUCUGCUGGAGUCUGAGGAGCAUCCAGACAUGUUUGUGCAGGAGGGCAGCAGACAGUCUGCUCGUUUCCCCCGACAGACCUGCUUCUCACCAGCUGCAGCGAACAGAGACGGCACCAGAGCCGCUGAAUUGGAAGAGCUGGAGGCUCUAGACUUUUGUCCUCUGGAGGAGGACGCCGAGCCAACGGCACCACCAAAGGAGCAGUCCGCUGACUGGCAGCCGCCCGCACCCAGCUCCAGCUACAUGCCUCAGCUGGGGGGCUACAGGCCCCAGUGAGACUGACACCAGGUCCUCGGUGUCCAGCCGUCCCUGAUCACGUCCCAUGUGCAUGCACUGGACGCAGGGAAGACAAACAUGCUGCAGCCUGUACUGCAUCACAAUCUGCCUUUAUAGUAAAUGAUGCCUGACACGUGUGUGUCCGUCCGUGUGUGUGUGUGUGUGUGUGUCCAUCCGUGUGUGUGUGUCCAUCCGUGUGUGUGUGUCCAUCCGUGUGUGUGUGUCCGUCCGUGUGUGUGUGUGUCCGUCCGUGUGUGUGUGUGUGUGUGUGUGUGUGUGUGUGUGUCUGUCCGUGUGUGUGUGUCCGUGUGUGUGUGUGUGUGUGUGUCCAUCCGUGUGUGUGUGUCCAUCCGUGUGUGUGGACAUUUGAACAGGACUCCGAGUGGAGCUGUGUCUUAGCUUCUGGUUGUUACACGCCUGUCUUCAGCUCUGCACUGCUCAUGCUUGUACAAUUAGUUAAGCUUACGGCGGUAACGGUCAUAUUGGUUUUGGCUGCGUAUGAAAUGCCAGUGCAUGUCCAGAGCAAAUACAGCUGACGGAGGAGAAAGCAGCUUUAACGUCCAGAUUCCAGGUCACGGGAUCAAAGGCGGUCUUCACUACUCGGCCACGUUUGUGCCUCUUCAUUUCUACUCAUGUUCCAAUGUUGGGACCGUUUUUAGUACUGACAUCACUGACAUGUGCUUCAGACUUUACAGGACACAGGCACCCAUCGCCCACUUACUACGGCGUCAUCAUCAUCAUCUCUGUUACACAGAAAACCAACAGAAUCCGCCUGUGAAGCAAACUAGUUGUAGUGUUAACGUUUUGUCCAAGCAGUUCUACUGUGAAGUGUUAUUUCAGUAGCAUCUCAUUAACCAGCACACAAACGCUUUAGAUCUGUAUGAAAUAAAUGUUUCAGCCAACACGUC